CCGAGAUGCCGGGCUUUUUUCGAUUAGUGUUGCCAGAGUUUUAGCGAGUUUCAGCAGCUGAUUCUGCCAUUUCUUGAUUCAAACAAUGAAUAUACCAGGCGUGUAUAUUAGCCAUCGUCUCGGUCAAAAAGUCUACAGUUCACAAAAGCCACAAGCCCGCAGAGCUGGACACAGACGGGUUCCGCGACCAAAAAGUAAAAGUCACCUUGCGGGCGUGUUGUGUAAUUGUAAGAUAAUGGGCGUACGUACGAAACUGCUCAAGGCAUUAUUUGUGGUCAUUUUGGCCGCACUUUUGAAUCCAGGAACUGUUUUCGGUUAUGAUCCCAACGAUCCAAAGAUUGCAGAGUGCUGUCUGCCGCCGGAGGGGAUGUUCGAAGCCUUUUAUCCCCGGGAAGUCGAGGGAAUCCCAAACAGCGCGUCGCGUCCUGCUCACGGACACGGAAGUUUCUUCAAACAUCGCAAUCCAGCGUUGGUGGAUACCAAAAAUGCAGCAGCCUACGGCUAUCGCUUCGAUGGGAAGAGACGUUUUAAUUUUGACUAGUUCUGCUACCAGUCCUGUACUACUAAAAAAAUAAAAUGCGCUCGAGAGCCUAAACAAAACGAUUUAUUAUUAUAACGGAAAAUUAAACCGUAGGCGGGCUGGCAAC